AUGGCGCCAAAACAAAUCAGCAACCAGUCUACUCAGGUUGUUGCACCUCAAAUUGCGGCAAGAAAGCUGAAGAUUGUGCGAAAACUGAAGGAAGGCAGGACAAGAGAGGAGGACGAUCUGUCCAGGAAAGAAAGUGCAGUUUCUGUGUACAGUCUCCGGGAGCAUAUGACCCUGGGAGGCUCUGCAGAUGAAAGGUACAAUAACGCUGAGGUCUUUGAUUGCUCUGAGGCCAAGGUGAUCAGGACGGCUACUGGAAGACUGGAAAGUGGCCUGUUACAAGCCAUCAGAUUGGCCUAUUCUGGACAUCACCAUCUGCAUCUGAGGCCGGAUGACAUCUGGCUGGCCAUUGCUCAAGGAGUUUCCGCACACCUGCAAUUUGAAGAUAACGCAGAGAAGUACAGGAACGUAUUCGUGGAUCACGAAGGGAAAAACAAAAUCUCGGUAUCUGUUGACUCCUUCAAAACAGGCAACGGCUCUUUGCUGAACUGGCCCGAGUGCAUCCAGCUGAUCACCAACCAGCUCGAGGAGCGCGUUAAGGGCGGCGCCAGCAAGCUUCUUCAAAACGACUUCUCCACGACAGACCUCACCUCCAAGUGCGCGAGCCAGAUCGUCCUGAUGGACAUCAUGAAGCACUAUUUCGAGUACGGAUUUCACCUGUCGUGCGGCAUACCGUCCGUCACUCUGCACGGCACAUCCGACGACUGGGAGCGCCUGCUGGAGAAAGCGCGCGCGCUGGACGCGCUCGACAUCGGCCUCGACUGGUGGCUGGAGACACUGGUCCCCGUGCUCGAGAAGCUUCUGGAGACGUACAAGGGACACGUGGACGAGGACUGGUGGAGCCGGGUGAUGAACAAAUACGAACGCUACGGCAGCGGGGGCGGCCCGGGCACGACAAUCUAUUCCGGCUGGAUCUGCGCGUUCUUUCCGUAUAAGAUUCUGGGCGACGUGGUCCGGCGGAACGGGAACGAGAUCAAGGACGAGGAAGUGCCCAAAGGGCUGUCCGAAUGUCCGUUCAAGAUCAACGACAACGGCCGCGAAUUGGACAAUGUGCUCGUUGCAGGGAGCUGCGCGGUGUGCGUGACGGAGGACGGGCUUGGAGUGCAGCCUUGCAUCGGGUGGCUGGUGAAGAAAAGUUCUGGUGGGACACCGUCUGCAAAAGGCAAACUGAAAAUCUAG